AUGUCUUUCGCUGGCACCCCCUCCCAAGUUUAUCCACGCCCACACGGCACAAACCUGCAGAACGCGGAGGCACCCCAAUUCCUCACUACGCAGCAGAUGCAGGCGCAGCAGUUCAUGGCAAGCCACACUGCCGGCGAUCCACUUGGACGGCAGUAUGCACACCCUGAUGGGGGUGUUGGCGGAGGCGAUCCACGAGCUUACGCGGCCUCGCAUGCGCGUGCACAUCGCUGGUCCCCACUUAUGCAGAGUACCGCGGAGGGUACCGGUACUGCUUCUCAGAUCGUCACCGUAGCGUGUACGCAAUGCCGGCUCAUCAAGAAGAAAUGCGACAACGGGCAGACCUGCGCGACCUGCCGCAAGAAGGGCUACAUAUGCACUAGACCCGCAAGAAAGGCCCGAAAAGGCCGGGCUCCUCGAGGCCAGCGAUCCGCUUCUGAGAACUGUCCGCCUUACCAUUCCGUAACGCCGCUGCCUUUGUCGGGCCCCUCAGUAGUACUAUCGCCCUCGCAGACGUUCCAGACCGCCACCGGCUCCGGGUAUCCCGCUAUCCCCUACAAACCCAACUAUGGCAUCCAUCCCCACCCUCCCAGCUUCCACGCCGACUCCCAUACUGUCCAGAGUCACAACUUCCAGGGCGGGCAGUAUCACGCUCGGGUCGAUAUUGGCGGAGAGUCCAUGUCCGGCGCGUUCAGCGGGUGGCAAGGAGGAGCGAUGAGCGCACCGCUCCGCGACCCGUUCUUUGUAGGCCCAAUUCCCGGUCCUCAUGCCGGUGGUCCGCCGUACUUCUAG